ACAUCAGUAAAUGUUAUUUAAAGGUUUGUCUGGUGCAGUAAGUCACUUUGCAGGUAAUUUAUAUCAAUUAAUCAGGGCUGAAUUGAAGACUGAUGAUUGCCUUAAACCAUUUAUACUAGGUUUGCUGUGAUUGUAGAGAAGUUGCUCUCACAAUGCGCGAGAGAGUCUUUGAAGACCAUGAAGAACAACAGAUUGACAUUUAUGAUGUGAAGUGCAAGGAGUGGGGAUUUUUGCUGAAGAAGCUGUUUGGUUCCCAUCUCGGCACUGGUGAUUAUGGAUACCUAGUCGUCGAUCACAGUGCUAUGCUUCUUCGGCACUUCCGCUCUUUCUAUAAGUACUCAGGGCAUGGAUUUGAGUCCUCCCACAAGCUACACCGCCAAUUGUAUUCUAAGGCAACAAACCAUGAUGCAUCUGGGCCCAGCCAGUCUUUGAAUCAAAUCCUUACCCACUGGUAUGCAACUAUGCUGCUAUCCUUUUGGUACUCAUUCUAUGAAGCACGAAAUUGUAUUAGUCCCUUACGUUAUAAUUCCUUUUUUCCCACAGGAAAAAGAACAUUUUCCUACCAUGGAUGUGGUUGGAAAAGUAUGAGUCAUGAUUUAAAAUCAUGGACUGAAGAAAAGAAAUCCUGGGUGUUUGUUCUUAAUGAUCUUUUUGAGCAAAUGUUUGGAACUAACUUUUUAACCUACUGUUUUGACAAAGAUCAUGGAACUAAAGUUGAUGAUUCCAAAAAAUGUGAAAUUUUUUAAUACUAUCAUGAGUACUGGGAGAAGCAUUUCUCCAGAGAAAGUCCAGAGCCACAGGACGAUAGCAAGCAUCUUUGUCAUCCCAGAAUCCAUCUUAAUUCACAUGCCAAUAUUCAUCCGCAACAGCCAGCACCAAAACGAAUUAAAUUUGAUUCUCUUGAUUCAACUUCAUCUAGCAUCUACCAGCCAUCCACGUCAGAGCUUAACUUUGCUGAAAUGCUUGAAGCCCAAGAUGACUCCACACAUAUAAAGAGCAGCCAAACAUCCUUAAAGCUUGUUAGUGACACUUCUGUUGUUGUUGGAGAUGAUAAUGUUCCUAAAAUGCCACAGCAAUGUGCACUUAGAGCUGCAAUG